UUAUAUGCAGAAAAUAAUCAGGAUGAACUCGACACAGGUGUUAUUUUUCACUCUUGGGGCUUACUUUGACACCAGGCUGUUGAAAUACUUGUUCUUCCUGAUCCUGCUGUGUCUGUACGUCCUGAUCGUUGGCUCUAACGUGCUGCUGAUCGUGGUGAUCUGUGUGAACAGGAGCUUACAUGAACCUAUGUACAUGUUUCUGUGCAGCCUGUUUGUGAAUGAACUGUACGGCAGCACAGGCUUGUUCCCCUUCCUGCUGGUCCAGAUCCUCUCUGAUGUUCACAUUGUUUCUGCUCCGCUCUGCUUCCUGCAGAUCUUCUGUCUUUACACGUACGCAACUGUUGAGUUCUUCAUCUUAGCCGUCAUGUCUUAUGACCGAUAUGUGGCCAUCUGCCACCCUCUGCGAUAUAACACACUGAUGAGAACCCAGAAGAUCGCCGGCCUGACGUCUGCGUCCUGGUUGGCGGCUUUUCUCCUGGUGGUGAUAAUGACAUCUUUGAGUUUCUCUCUGCAGCUCUGUGGAAAUGUCAUAAACAAGGUGUACUGCAACAACUUCUCCAUCGUGAAGCUGAGCUGCUCGGACACAACGGUCAACAACAUUUAUGGCCUCAUCAGCACGGCGCUCAGUGUUUUUGUUCCUGUGGCUUUGAUCCUCUACACCUACAUGAGGAUCCUAAAGGUGUGUUUUUCUGGAUCCAAACAGACCCGGCAGAAGGCGGUCAACACCUGCACGCCUCACCUGGCCUCCCUGGUUAACUUCUGCGCCGGAUGCGUGUUUGAAAUAAUACAGAGCAGGUUCAACAUGAGCAGCGUUCCACGGCUGUUUCAGAUCCUCUUAUCGCUGUACUUCCUGACGUGUCCGCCGCUCUUUAACCCAGCGGUGUACGGCCUGAACGUCUCCAAAAUACGCAGCGUGUGUAAAAAUCUGUUUCUGAAAUCUCAUUAGUGUUUCCGAGUCCAGAGAGGAUGAGAAAAUAAGUGAAAUGUUACAUGAACCAACCUGUGGAGGUCCCUCUGAU